ACAAUUUGAAUGUUCACUUCACUUCCUUCCUACCCAUUCCUAGCAGACAAACUUAAGUUUGUUUUUGACUUUUUGACACGUGCGAAAAAUUGUCUUUAAAAAUCAUGGCGAAUUUCAAUACUAAACGGCCUAUGGAAGAAGAUAGCAGCGAUUCUUCAGAGGAAGAAGAAGAAGAAAAUGAUUCUCAAGAUGAAGAAAUGGGUGAAGAUGAGCAACUUGGAGAGAACGACCGAGAGAUUCAAGUCGACUUUGAAGGUCAAUCACCAAUCGCUGAAGAUUUUCACGGUAUCAAGAGUCUAAUGCAUCAACUUUUCCUAAAGGCUCAUAUUAAUUUAAGUGGUCUGACGGAACUCAUCAUUCAGCAAAACUACAUUGGAAGCAUAUUACAGCAAUGUGUGGAUAAUGAUGAACCUGAUAGUGAUGAUGAAGGAAAUUCUCUUGAUGAAGUUUUUGGAAUUACUUCUGUAAUUAACUUGACACAUCACAAGGAGGUGGAAUGUAUUAAAGAAGUUAAAAAGUACCUGUUGGAAAAAACACAGAAGAAACUGAGUGGAUUGUUUGAUGAUCCAUCUAACCAGAUAGGACUUCUAUUCAAUGAAAGGUUCAUAAACAUACCACCUCAAGUUUCUGUUCCCCUACUGGAAAAUCUAUGUAAGGAGAUUGAUGAAGCAAAAAAAUCUGGAAAGCCUUUUGACUUUACACACUUCAUUUUAAUUUCCAAACUUCAUGAAUCUACAAGAAAAGAUCCUGAAUCAAGGAAAAAGAAAGUCAAAGGAGGAGCUACCAUAUUAUGGGUUAAUGCAGAAGAAGAACCAAUUUCAGAGAUGGGUGAAAUAUUAGGAGAAUAUUCUGUACGAGGUGAGUCAGAUGCAGCAGUUUCCGGGACAUGGGAUGAAGAUGACGAACAAUUCGAUCCGAAAAGAAGGAUAGUCCUUAUUACCGCAAAGCAGCUGCCUGAGGUGUUGAUUAAAAUUAAAGAAUUCCUCGAAUGAAUAAAAUUCAUGUUUUCUGUU